AUGACGGCCAGCCCUGCCCCCCCCCUGCAGCCUGCCGUGCUGGUCGUAUGCGGCCCUGCAGCCUCAGGCAAGAGCUCCAUCGCGCAAGCAUUAGCAAACGAGUUUGGGUUUCAGUACAUUGAAGGUGACAGUCAUCACCCCCAAAGCUCCAUCGACAAGAUGAGCAGCGGCAUCCCGCUUUCUGAUGACGAUAGGUGGGACUGGCUCGUCGGCCUUCGAGAGCUCGCCGACAAGGAGCUGCAGGCAGGACACCGAGGCGUUGUCGUCUCAUGCAGUGCCCUGAAACAUACUUACCGAGAUGUGAUUCGGAUCUUACCCGACGAGCGACAGGGUGUCUUCCUGCGCUUCAUCUACCUCAAGGUCAGCCCUGAAGUGCUCCUGGCGAGGAUCAAGGCGAGAAACGGCCACUUUAUGAAGGAUAGCAUGCUCAAGAGCCAAUUGGACAGUCUGGAGGAGCCACUGGCUUCCGAGACGGAUGUCAUUACUGUCGACGCCGACGUUGAGUUGUCUGACGUCACCAACUCGGUGAUUUCCAGCGUGCGGCAUUCUGCUACUGUAUAG